UCUGCAAUUCCUUGAUUGAAAAGUCUAGUUUUUCAGCAAUUUUCCUCUUAUACUAAUUAUAUCAACGAAGCAGCUCUGCAGAAAUUGACGAACUCACCAGUUGAGGUAUUUCUGUCAGUCUAUACACAACUUUUGUAUUACUAAAGUUCUCUGGACUCUGGUGCAAGAAUGUUUAGUCACGGAAGCAAGUGAAAGUAAUGUUAAAAUAGCAUAACAAGAAAAGAAAUGGUUUUCGUGAAAAUUUUGAUCGUAAUGACUGUAUUUUUGGGCUUAUUAUUCAAAUGGGUUUGAUGGGUUUUGCUGGAAAUAUCGAUUAGAAUUGCUGUUUUCUGGAAUGGGUCCUGCUGUCCUUCCUAAACACGUAGCGUCAGUUUUGAAAUAUCAAAAAGACCCAUUGAGGGCUCUGGAAAUAUUUAAUUCUGUUAGAAAGGAAGAUGGGUUUAAGCAUACUAUUUCAACUUACAAAUCAAUGAUUGAAAAGCUUAGUAAUCAUGAAGAGUUUGAAGCCAUGGAAAAUGUUGUGGCAGAGAUGAGGGAAAAUAUCGAUAACAGCUUGUUAGAAGGAGUGUACAUUAGUGUAAUGAGAAGUUAUGGGAAGAAACAGAAAAUUCAAGAGGCAGUUAAUGUGUUUGAAAGGAUGGAUUUUUAUGAUUGUGAGCCAACAGUUUUUUCGUAUAAUACAAUCAUGAAUAUAUUAGUUGAAAAUGGGUAUUUCAAUCAGGCCCACAAAAUUUAUAUGAGAAUGAGAGAUAAAGGGAUUUCUCCUGAUGUAUAUACAUUUACCAUAAGGAUAAAGUCGUUCUGUAAAACAAAUAGACCUGAAGCUGCUUUAAGGCUUCUCAAUAACAUGCCUGUUCAGGGGUGCGAAUUUAAUGCGGUUGCUUACUGUACAGUAGUUGGUGGAUUUUAUGAAAGCGACUAUCAAAGAGAGGCUUCUGUAUUGUUUGAUCGGAUGCUCGGGCUUGGAAUUAUUCCAAAUGUUGCUACAUUUAAUAAGCUUUUACAUAUGCUUUCUAAGAAGGGACAUGUCCAGGAGAGCGAAAGAUUACUUGAUAAGGUUUUUAAAAGGGGUGUAUCCCCGAAUUUGUUUACAUUUAAUAUCUUCAUUCAAGGCCUUUGUAAGAAAGGCCUACUUGAUGAGGCUGCUAGGAUGUUGGACAGCGUGACAAGAGAAGGUCUAACUCCUGAUGCUGUCACUUAUAACAUACUCAUAUCUGGUUUUUGCAAGAGCUCAAAAGUCAAGGAAGCUGAGUCCUACAUGCAUAAAAUGGUUAAUGGUGGUUUGGAGCCAGAUACUUUUACCUACAACACAAUCAUUGAUGGAUACUGCAAACAUAAUAUGGUACAAAAUGCUGACAAAAUUCUCAAGGAUGCAGUUUUCAGAGGUUUUGAGCCCGAUGAGUUCACUUACUGCUCCCUAUUGCGUGGAUUGUGUAACAAUGAUGACAUAGACAGGGCAAUGGACGUAUUUAAAGAAGCCAUUGGUAAAGGUAUAAAGCCUAGUUUAAUUAUCUACAAUGCAUUAAUUCAGGGGUUGUCUCGGCAGGGACUCAUUCUUGAAGCCUUGCAGCUGAUUAACGAGAUGCAGAAAAAUGGUUGCAGCCCAAAUAUAUGGACCUACAAUUUAGUUAUAAAUGGCUUGUGCAAGAGGGGUUGUGUUGCUGAUGCACGCAAUCUAAUUAACGAUGCAAUUACAAAAGGGUUUCUUCCUGACAUAUUCACCUUCAAUACUCUGAUUGAUGGCUACUGCAAGCAGUUAAAGAUAGACGAUGCACUUGGUACUGUCAAUACCAUGUGGGAGCAUGGUGUUACUCCAGAUAUCAUUACAUAUAACACAUUAUUAAAUGGACUCUGCAAGACUUCAAAGUCUGAUGAUGUUAUGAAAACCUUCAAAGUGAUGUUGGAGAAGGGUUGUGUUCCAAAUAUAAUUACGUAUAACAUACUCAUAGAGAGCUUGUGCAGAGCUAGAAAAUUAGUUAUGGCCGUGGAAUUGCUUGAAGAAAUCCAGAAAAAUGGUAUGAGUCCUGAUGUUGUAAGUUUUGGUACAUUAAUCAAUGGUUUUUGUGAAAAUGGGGAUUUGGAAGGAGCUUUUAAGCUGUUCAGAAGGAUGGAAAAACAAUACAAAUUACCUCAUAUAAUUGCAACAUACAAUAUCAUGGUCAGUGCAUUUUGUGAGAGGUUAGAUACAGACAUGGCAGAAAAGCUAUUUCAUGAAAUGAGCAACAAUGGCUGCCCACCUGAUAAUUACACUUACCGUUGCAUGAUAGAUGGUUUUUGUAAAGUAGGAAAUGUUGAUUCUGGGUACGGGUUUCUCCUUGACAGCAUCAAGAAUGAGUUAUUUCCGUCACUAACAACUUUUGGACGAGUACUAAAUUGCCUUUGUAUGAAGCGUAGAAUGCAUGAGGCAGUUUAUAUCAUACACCUUAUGGUACAGAAGGGUAUUGUUCCUGAUGUUGUGAACUCAAUUUUUGAAGCAGAUAAAAGGGCAGUGGCAGCACCCAAAAUACUUGUUGAAGAUUUGUUGAAGAAGAGUCAUGUAACUUAUUAUGCUUAUGAACUCUUGUAUGAAGCCAUCAGAGAUAAGAAGCUAUCAAGGAAAAAGAUUCUAAGUAAAGAUCUAGGUAGUUCUAAAAUUGAUAACUCUAUUGGUUCGUGAAUUUAAGUGGAAGGAAAGUAUGUGAACAUGAAAGCUUCUGUUAUGAUAAUGGUGGACAUAGAAUCAUUGACGCUUCGAUGAGGAGUAACUGCUAAUGUCAUGUUUGAUGCUGAAAUAGCAUGAAGGGAAUCAACAUGUCUGACUCUGGACAACUUUUGUGCAGAUUCGCCUCCAGAUUCUAAUAAGAAAAUAGGAGAAGCUGACAGAAGGCUGUUGGUUAUCAGCAACAGGCUAAACUGUUGAAUGCAGUGAUGGUUAAUUUAAAAGCUCAAAAUCCUUGAUCUUGGACAUUUGGAAUGCUAGACUUGUUAUCCUAUGAUUGUGGACUAUUAUUAGUACUUUCUGGAGCAAAGAUAUUGGAGGAAACAUGAAGUUCUUCACUGACAUUUUAUUUCAAUGGGGUAUUGAGCUUGUCAGCGGUAAGAUGUCUUCGUUCACUCUCAGUUUGAGGCAAUAGAUAUUAUAUACGAUCCAAAAUGCAUGCAUAAGCAGUGUUCUUCUAGGUCAAUGCUUUCUCCUCUUUUGCAAAAUCGGCUCCUCAAAGUUGCCUCCUAUCUCAUCCAUGGUCACCGACAGCCUCAAAUAUUGUGUUCCCUGUCUUCAAAAUUCUGAAAUAAAAUAAAAUAAAAUAAAUUAUUUUUCAUUGGUGGGUUUCCUAUCCUCUCAUAUUCAAUCAUUAAGUUUUAACAUGAUCUUAAUAAUUUACUGCAGAUUUUGGGGAUAUUGUUUGUAAGUUUUGGUGAUUAUAAGGGAGAUUCUGGGUUUUGCUUAGUUUGUAUUUGCACUAAAUUUGUGCAUGCAAGGUUUUUGUAUUAAUGUCUGAAUGUGCUUGGAGAAGCAGUAACUUUGCAUUGUUUGUGUUGCUAAACCUUAUAGUCAAUAUAUGAAGUUGCAGUCAUUAUUUUUCAUCUAAGAGCGUGAUGUUUUCAAGAGCCCAAAUUCUAUCACCUGCAUUAUUUAUUGAGAAGCCAAAAUUGAGGGAUUGAGUUACCCACCCAAUAAUUUAGGAUAAUUGAUAUUGGCUCUAUAAUGGCUAGCUUGAUGCAUCUGCCUCUGUUGCCAUAGAACAGGCGGAUUAGGAGGAGAAAGCGGUUGAUGAGACUGGUGUCAAGCUUCAAUGAAUCGUUUUGCUCAUGACACGAGUAGGGGUGUGUCCAAGGGCAAUGAUCACAAGGCUCACAAUGGAGAAAUCGUCUGUCCCAUGAUGGAAUUUGAUUACCUAAAUGGGAUUGUUCGCUUACUUUCUAAGGUUGUAUCUAGUGAGUGAUGAAUAUGUUCAAUGAGAUCAUAGACUCAAAAGUUAGACGAGACAAGUUGCAUGUUGAUAGCUCUCCAAGACCACCCAAAAAACUCACUUAUGCAAGAAGAAUGAAGAAGCAAGGUAUAGUUGUAAAACUUCGAAAUUUUUUACAUGUUUUAACAAUAGAGUAACUAAAUCUUAUCAUGUUGACACUCUAACUAGGGUAGUGUGUCCAUGUCCGACACGUGUCGGACGCAUGUCGAUAGCAACAUCACUGCCUCCUUGUAAGUCAUCAAUAGACCUUUUCCAUUUAAUGUUCCUCCUGUACUGGAAAAUAAAGGUAAAAUUUCUGAUAUUCCAAGAACUUUUUCUCACUUGCAAUGUUUCAAGUGUAAAGACUUUGAUCACAUCUCUUAUGAAUGUCCUAACCGAGCUUUAGUCAUUGAAGAACAAAAGAAUAUAAGAGAUGAUCAAUUAGAAGAUCAACUCUUUGAGCCUAAACUUGAAGAAUUUGAUGAUAAUAGUGAGAACACCCCCUUAGAUAGUAUUCGGACUUUUCCUGUGAAUCUAGGUAUUGUACCCUUUGUUCUCGAUACCUCUCACUCAAUUGUUGUGUGUUAUACUCUUAUCCAACUUAAAGGUACUGAUGAUUUGUGUAAUCAUGCCCUUUUCACAGAAAAUCUUGAGAAUUGGGAUUUGAUCAUCCAAACAGUGCAAAUUACAUAUAACAAUUUUGUGAAUCGAUCUAUAAGUACGAGUCUCUUUGAAGUUAUUCAUGGUUAUAAACUUAGGAAAACUUUAGACCUUAUUCCCAUGUCCCCACAUGCUAAUGUGUCUAUAUCAGUUGAAGCAUUUGUACAUCAUCUUCAUGACUUGCUUAUUGAAAUCAAUAAACAACUUGAAGCAUUAUAUAAACUUCAACCUGAUUGGCAUAAGCGAAAUUUUGAAUUUAAUUUUGGGGAUUAUGUUAUAUUACAAGCUUAUAGUGCUGAUCCUUUUGAAAUUUUAAAACAUGUUGGUUCAAAUAUAUGUGACAUUGAUCUUUUAUCACAUUUUGGCCACCACUUUAUUUUAAUUGUUAAGGACUUCGUUGUUUACAAAGGCUAUUUUAAAUCUCUAAUGAUCAUUUUUCACCUCCACAUGGGAAUUCCUACAUUGAAUCUUUUGCUAUAUCUACUUCAAUACCGUCUAUCACAGCACAUAUAGAUAAGAUUGACGUUAUUUUAGAUGAUCAGAUUGUAUUGAUCAAUGAUAGAGAGAUUCAAUGCUUUCUUGUUCGUUGGGUGUAGCGACUUGAUUUACAUGAAUCCCCAGAAAGAGAGUUCAAUAGCAUGAUCCAGACUUGUUGAAACUUUAUAGAAGUCAGUAAGAUUUUCCUUUGCCCAGUUCAUCUUGGUCAGAUCUUAUGCUUGGGGAUAAUUUGCAAAUGGCGUUGUCAUUAUUUGUUGAGUUUCGAUAUUUGGUUCGUUAGAAAGAUCGUCCCCUGUGGUAGAUCUAUUCACUCGAUGGGGUCGAGUUUUUUUCAUCUCGGGAGAGUUGAUGCGGAUAUCAGCUCAAUUAUUUUACUUAUUUCAUUUUUUAUUUAUUGAUUUUUUUUUUAUUUCAUUGGGCUGGUCUAGUGGGUUUGGCCCAAGCUCUUAUCUUUAGGGUUUUUGUUUUCAUUAUUUAAAUCUAGUUGUACAUGUAAUUGAAACAAUUUGAUGAUUAUGAAAAAUUGAAAUUGAUUGUGGAGUC